UUCGUUUCGUACCUGAAAUGUGGUUGGUCAAAAAGACCGCGUCCUGCUUAAGUGAGUGACAUUUGCAAACGUUUAUUAAAAAGUUUUGUACGGAGAUAUUCUUUAUCUAAAUUUUGUAACCAAUACGAACAACUUAUAAUUGAAGCAAUGGCUCUUGUAAAACCAAAAUCUGAACUGACACCUGAGGAACUUGCUCGCCAAGAGGAAGAAGAAUUCAACACCGGUCCUCUUUCCGUUCUCACCCAAUCGGUGAAAAACAAUACACAAGUUCUAAUAAACUGCCGAAAUAACAAGAAGCUGCUUGGUCGUGUAAAGGCUUUCGACCGCCACUGUAAUAUGGUUCUCGAAAGUGUUAAGGAAAUGUGGACUGAAUUGCCUCGUACGGGAAAAGGCAAGAAGAAAGUUAAACCAGUAAAUAAAGAUCGUUUUAUAUCGAAAAUGUUUUUACGCGGAGAUUCAGUGAUUUUGGUUUUGAGAAAUCCUUUGGCGACAGCAGCAGGGAAAUGAGUUAUUUUCUACGCUAACUUUAGUAUAUAUAAUAUAUAUGUAGGCAUUAUGGUAAUCAAGACAGAAUAAUAAUAUUUUUGAAAGCA